AUGCACUUCACAACCCUCUUCACCAUAACGGCCACAUUAGCCAGUACAGUCAUCGCAAUGCCCCGCCUCUCGGGGCCAUACCACGGCGCCCGCAUCGCAGUCCAUGUGCCCACUAAUGCAACGGGUGCCCAUAACGCUACCACAACGGGUACACGUGGUCGAGUUCCUCUUUCUACGGCGUCUGCUAAGAAUGCUACCCAUGUUCCUGUGCAUGGUCGUCCUUCGCAUGGUAUUAACCAUGUUAAUGUUAAUCAUUGUCAUGAGCUUUGUUCUUUGGAGGCUCAGACUUGUACGCUGGCUGUUCCUGAUGAUGAUAAGUUUUGGUUAGUGCCCCUUUUCUUUUGGUCGACUUAUUUGCGUUGCACGGAGAAGUGUAACCCUGCCAAUUUCCGCAUUUGA